CAAGGGAAAACCAUGGAGGCCAGAGGGCAAAGGAGCACUGCAGUUUCUCUCUAAGGAGUCAGUCUCUCGAGGAGAGAAGAGGCAUGAAGACCUCUCAAAUAAAUAGUUCAGUUUUACCUAACUCUCUGUUUUCAUUGAUUUUCAUCCUGAUAAAUCCCAUAAUUAUAAUACGAGUAUCACAAAGCGCGUGUUUUUCUUAUAAGAAAUAAGUGACAUAUGCAUCUCCCGAUAUGAGAUGGUAUGUUUCAGAAUCUUGUGAUGGAAUAUAGCAGCGCUGAUCUCGAGGUAACAAAUGCCAACAUUCCGCUCAAUAGUUGGUGGAAAGCGAUCCCCACAAGGACUACAUCAAAGAAUAAGUUAAACUAUGAGUCAGUUCGAUUCCUGCAAACCAUACGGAAAGGCAGUUCAAUAACACUCCAUUAUACUGUGGAAUACUUGAAUAUGUGGAACUCCUGGAAAAAAUGGCUGAGUGGUUCCGUUUUACUGUGCAAAGAGGCUGACUUCACUCAAGAUGGCACAAUUUUAGCUCUGGUACAAUCGCUUUUAGGAAUGUCCUAUGAAUGUCCCUUGAUAAAAGGACACUCGACAAAGACGGACAACAUUAGCUUGCCUCUCAAAGGCAGAUUGUUACUUUUCAAUGAAGAUGUCAGCGACGAGCGUAUAAGAAUAGUAACCACUGUGCGAGAAAAUUCUAAGCGUUUUUCAGAGAGGUUAUUCUCGGCAGAAUUUUACAUUGUUCAUCCAGCCUUCUAUUAUAAGUAUCACAACUAAUGGCAUAAGUAAAUAUGCGCAGAGGAAUUUUCUUUGUAAAAAAUAUAUCAAAAAAAUAUAUUCAAGCUAAGAAUAUUGUUUAUGUUGCGAACUAUGUGAAAUUUCAUCGAUAGUUGGGUAAUGAUUUUCAGGAGAGCGACAUUGCAUUCAGUAACGUGCGGUAAAACGUUUCGAGUCGAAAUUCGCAACUUUUUCUUAGAAAGGUCAUGAAAAUCCUUGUGGUCAUGAGUGUUUUACCACUUCGUUACUAAAUUCUAUUUUAAAUGUUGCAUACCUCAUUAUUCAGAAAUUUCGAUUACAAAGUCCUACAAAAUUGCGCCUUUUUGGCACAGGGAUGAGACUGCCAUUACUAGAAAGAUUUUUGCACGCUGAUUCCAAAUCCGCCGGCCAAAUCUCAUAAAAUGACCUAAUUUCUGAGAAAAAAAUAUUAAAGUUCUCAAAAUGGGCCAAAAUUGCCAUUUUCUAAAUUUAAUUGAAUUAGUGGGAAAUUGCUC